UUUCGCUAGCCUAUCUCAUGUCUGUUGGUGGUUCAGAUGAGGAUAUUCUCAUUUCUAGAGACGACAACGAAGACAAAGAAGAACACAAGAAAACUGUCAGCAUUUCUUUACUGAGUCCCCCUAAGAGGUUCCGCUGGCCUCUCUUCAUUGCCACAACAAUACUUGGACUAGCAGCAUUGGUAGCAGUCAUUGUAGCAUUUACAGUCAAACCUCUAAUCAACAAAAGUCUGGAAGAUGUCAGUCUAGACAAACACACUCGAUUAUUUACAAUUUCCAGAGGAACUCGUGUUGUUUUAAAGUCCAAAUUAGGCGUUUCUAUCAAGCAGGCGUUGCCUAAAGCAUAUCUGGGUGACUGGUUGUACAGAAUUCGAUGGGAGGGUGAAGCUGUCGUGACUGUUACGAAUCAGAAUGAGACCGACGAGUCAGCAGAGUGUGUCAACGUGUCGUGGCAUUCGUUCGACGUUCGUGGCACAUUAGAGGAUUGUAUCGAGCUGGGAGAUAGUCACUGGUAUGGUGGAGCCGAGAUGUAUAGACAGACGUGGCCGAUGGAAGCGGAUGGACACCACGAAAUGCGACCGUUUGUGUCAUCCGAUGAACUCAACGAGUCGCUUAACAAAACGUUUGGGUCCGUGUUGCAACCGAUUUGGUUGAGUAGUGACGGUGUGGCGAUCAUUGUGGAUGCAUCGGUGCCGCUUCAUGUCGGAUUUAAUUCGACGUUUGAUGGCACGGGAGGAAAGUUGUGUCUGCAAUCAAAGCACAACGCUUUUGCAUACCCACACUGGAACGACGCAAAACCCGUCGUAUUGGAUUACGUUUUGUGUACCCAUGAUGACGUCAAAAGUUUAUAUCAAUAUGUUGCAUCUACUUACUGGGAUCCUCCGGAUGGAAUUCCCGCAGUGAGUAUGAUGGAAAGGCCCUUGUGGUCGAUGUAUGUUCAGUAUUUUAGGAUGUCUGUUAGUCAAGUGAAUGUGUUGGAAUUUGCAAACAAGAUUAUAGAGAAUGGAUUUAGUUACAGUAAUGUGGAGAUUUGUGGCAAGUACUCAACUUAUUAUGGAGACCUUGAGUUUGAUGAUGAGAGAUUUCCUAAUGUGUCUCAGAUGACGAGUGAACUAGAAAGGAAAGGAUUCAAUGUGACACUGUGGGUGUAUCCAUUUGCAAACAUCGAUUCUAAAGCCUUCCAAUACGGAGCAGCCAAAAGUUUCUGGGUAACCGGCGCCAACAUCCACCUCAACCUCGUCUCAUGGCAGAACACACCAGAAGGUGAAGGCACAGCAAUCCUCGACGCAACAAACCAAACCGCACGCCAAUGGUUCGUCUCCAAACUCAAGCACAUUCAAUCAAAAUACAACAUCAAGUCAUUCAAAUUCGAUGCUGGAGAAGUCAAUUAUCUCCCACAGUUUUACACAACGUCACAACGGCUGCAGAAUCCCGGCGAUUUCUCAGCGUAUUAUUCAUCGAUUGCAACCGCCUUCUGUCCUCUCUCUCAAGUGAGAGUUGGUUACUUCACUCAACAUCUUCCUGUCUUUGUGAGUGUGAUGCGCAAGCAGCCAACUUGGGGUAUAAACAACGGACUCCACAGUCUGAUCACAAGCGUGUUGACUCUCGGUGUGAUGGGCUAUCCGUUUGUCAUACCUGAUGCCGUCGGUGGCAGUACAUCUAAUACGUUUGACUCACAGAUGUCUUGCCCUUCGGACGAGCUUUUCAUUCGUUGGGCACAGGCAACGGCAUUCAUGCCGGUCAUGCAGUUCUCUCUUUCUCCGUGGAGCAGCUGCUUCAAUGAUUCGUCCAUCGUCACUCGACUCGCACACGAAGCAGUCGAACUGCAUGAAAAUGUAUCUCGUUAUAUCGUCCGUCUUGCAUUGAAUAGCGUGACGACACAAGAGCCGAUUGUUCGCCCACUGUGGUGGAUUGCUCCGAAUGACACGACGGCUCACGUUGUGAAUGACCAGUUUCUAUUGGGAGACAAUGUGCUCGUCGCUCCCGUCAUUCACGAAGCACAAAGAAAGAGAGACAUUUACAUUCCAAAGGGAAAGUGGUGUGACACAAGACACAGUAAUACAAGUCCCCCAUACAAUGGACCAAAACUAUUAGCCAACUUUCCUGCUCCAUUGAAUGUCAUUCCCUAUUUCGUACGAUGCAGUCAAGUACAAAAUAUUUUCAGCACAAAGUAAUUGUAAUAUAUAAUAAUUUAGUUUAGUAGUGCCAAUCAAUUGAAUCACAAUUAUUUUCUAAUGACAGCA